UUAAAAGAAAGCUUGGAACAAUCAAUAAGUCAACUGCGGAAUCAACGUUUACUGAGAAACUCAAGAGGGAGAAGUGUUUCUGUUACAAGUCUGAGUACAAGUGACCUUGAUGGUGGCACUGUGACAGAGAGCCACCGUUUUCCACCUACCUCACCUCUCAAGGACUGUGAUCCACAGGGUACUAAGCGAAUUAGGUCCAGAACUGGUGUUCGGUUUCUUCAGGAGACUGAUGACACAGUCCAGCUUCAUGCUUUUCAUCAGUCCCUUCGGGAUCUCAGCAGUGAACAAGUUCGCCUUGGAGAAGAUUUCAACAGAGAGCUUUCCAGAAGAAGCCGGUCAGAUGCUGAAACAAAAAGGGCUUUGGAAGAUUUGACUGAAAAACUUAGUGAAGCCCAGAAAAAAGAAGUGAUUUCAGAUCGGGUGGAGCGGCGGCUUCAGGAAAUAGAAAGAGAGAUGCGCACAGAAAGAGAACUGGUGGAAAGACGUCAGGAUCAGUUGGGACUCAUGUCCUUGCAGCUACAGGAGACAUUGAAGAAACAAGAAGCAAAAACAGAUGAGAAUGAGGGAAUAAUGAAAAAUAAGCUACAACAAACUGAAACUGAGAAGAGUCAACUUGAACAGGAAUUGGAGCUAUCUCGCAGGCUGUUGAGUCAAUCAGAAGGCAAUAGAGAAAUGCUUUUGCACCAGGUAGAAGAACUGCGUACACAACUUACAAAGGCAGAAGGUGAUCGGAAGGGUUUGCAGCAUCAAGUAUCUCAGAUUUCCAAGCAGUGGUCAAACCAUCAAAAUGAACAAGUUGAUGACUGGAGAUUUAGAAGAGGGGUAGAGUGGGAAAAACAGGAACUGGAGAAGCAGAUGUCAGAUUUGAAAGUGCAGCUGAACUUCAAUUCACUGGCAUCUGAGUUGGAGGAAGUGAAGCGGUGCAUGGAGCGAAAAGACAAGGAGAAAGCAAAUUUGGCAGCAGAAAUAGAGACUCUAACACGUGAAUUGGGGAACAGGGAGAAACAACAACUGCGGAUGUUGGAUCAACUUAAGGAGAUCGAGACUCACUUUGAGACAUGUGAGGCUGAGCGGAAGCAAGCUGGUCUCCAGAUCUCAGAGCUGACUCAGCAUGCAGAGGAUGCAACCAAGCAGGCUGAGCAGUACCUCAGUGAGCUCCAGCAGUCAGAGGCCCUGAGAGAGGAGGCAGAGAAGAGGAGAGAAGACCUGAAAAUGAAAGCUCAAGAAUCCAUUAGGCAGUGGAAGCUUAAGCAUAAGAAGUUAGAGCGAGCAUUGGAAAAACAAUCUGAAACUAUUGAUGAACUGACGGACAAGAAUCAUCAGAUUCUAAAAGAAAAGGAUGAAUUGAAAAGUCAGCUUUAUGCAGCCCUACAACAGAUAGAAAGUCUUAGAAAGGAACUAAAUGAUGUUUUAACCAAGCGUGCCCUACAAGAGGAAGAACUUCACUGUAAGGAGAAGAAACUAAGUGAUGUUCAGUCUCAUCAAGCUGACCUUGAACUAGAAGUCAAGAGUUCCCUUGACACUAUCCAUAGACUAGAAGGUGAAUUAAAAAGGCAGAAUAAGAGUCAAAACCAGAUUAAAAUUGAGAAAGCUCACCUGGAGGAAGAAAUUGCAGAGCUAAAGAAGAGCCAGGCUCAGGACAAAGCUAAACUUCUUGAGAUGCAAGAGUCCAUCAAGGACUUGAGUGCCAUCCGAGCAGAUCUUGCUAAUAAAUUAGCUGAAGAAGAGAGAGCCAAGAAAGCAGUGCUUAAAGAUCUUUCUGACUUGACAGCCCAGGUAAAAUCCAGAGAUGAAGAAACAACUACAGUCAUCACACAGUUAAAACUAGAACGAGAUGUUCACCAGAGGGAACUGGAAGAUCUCACAUCAUCAUUGCAGAGUGUGAAAAUGAAACAUGAACAAAAUAUCCAAGAGCUGAUGAAGCACUUUAAGAAAGAAAAGAGUGAAGCAGAGACUCACAUUAGGACAUUAAAGGCAGAAAGCUUAGAAGAUAAGAAUAUGGCUAAAGUUCAUCGUUGUCAGCUAGAGAAGUUGAAAUCACAGUGUGAGAGACUGACAGAGGAAUUAACCCAGAAUGAAAAUGAGAAUAAAAAACUAAAGCUACAAUAUCAGUGUUUGAAAGAACAACUAGAAGAAAAGGAAAAACAUAUAAGCAAUGAAGAAGAGCACUUAAGGAGGAUGGAAGAGGCCAGAUUGCAGCUCAAGGAUCAACUUCUUUGUCUGGAGACUGAACAGGAAUCCAUUCUUGGCAUGAUAGGAAAGGAAAUUGAUGCAGCUUGUAAAACUUUUUCUAAGGAUUCAAUGGAGAAAUUGAAAGUUUUUUCCUCUGGCCCUGAUAUACAUUAUGACCCACAUCGCUGGCUAGCAGAAAGCAAGACUAAACUUCAGUGGCUGUGUGAAGAACUGAAAGAGAGAGAAAACAGAGAGAAGAAUCUGCGACACCAGUUGAUGCUCUGCAGGCAACAGCUCAGGGAUCUGACUGACAACAAGGAGUCUGAGCUCCAGAGUCUCUUUGAACAGAUAGAAAGGCAGGAGCAGCUUCUUGAGGAGAUUCAUCAGGAGAAGAGAGGUAUGUUAACUAUUCUCAUUUUAAUUUUUCUUUGUGCAUAUUCAUGUAAUUCAAGGAUCGGAAAAGCCUAUUGGUGCUACCUCCAAUUUGGACUGUUUCCAAAUCUUCCCUUGUCUCUUGUCUUCUCAUCUUUCUUCUUUUCUGAGACAUAA